CACCUUUUGCUCAAUGAAAAUAUAACUGUUCGUACCCAAAAUUUAUAUUUACUGUCCGGCGGAUGUGUGAAUUCAUAAUGAGUCGUUAUGUGGUUGACUCAUCACCGUAAUAGUGCAACGUGUCUGGCUAAGCUGGUUAAGCUUCUAGGAAACGCUACAGUGACGGACAAAGCAGUCGGUGCGAGCCUAGUUGGCUUCAGCCUUCUGUUGUUUACAUAUUACUCUAUUUGGGUAAUUGUACUGCCCUUUGUAGAUGCGGAUCAUGUGCUGCACCAGUAUUUCCUGCCCCGGGAGUACACAGUCAUUCUACCUGGCGUUGCAGCUCUAGUAGUUCUGCUCUGUAUAGGGGCCUUUGUCGGGGCUGUCAUGCUGAAGAAUCGCAAGCCGAAGAAAGUGGACUAGAGGCGGAACCGCAGAACCUGGGCGGAACAUUGGACUAGUUGCCUCGUCUACCGCAGCGCUCUGUCAGACCCUCGUCUGCUAUAGCCACGUUCAUUCCGGUUGUCAUUCAGGAACACCCCCGCAGCGUCUGCGCUUUACAUGGACAUGUUUCAUGUGUGUUGGACUCUAUGCUCAAACACAUGUUGAAUAUGAAUUUGGGGUGAAUUUUGGGGUUUUGGGAUCCUUUGAUUCAACACCUGGGAUUCUGUGAUGCCUUAGGAGGUUGUCUUGAACUCAUGAUAGGUUAGUUGCGAUGAUAUAUUUAUGGAAGAUGUAUAGUAAACGGUAUCUGACUGUGAGCUAGACCUAGUCAGUCAUUUCCAAUUGCAAGCCACAAUAACCAGCCUAAAUAUCAGAAUUAUUUAUUGAGCUGAAUUCAGGCAAAUUCACAACAGGUUAGGACAUUUGAAAAGGCCCAGGGGUAAAGAGAUUUAUAUAAAAUUGUUUUUUUCGUUUUCCUAACCGUAAGUUCAGACUCAUUUUAACCUAAGGCCGAAUGUAUUUGAUUCUACAUGUAAAAUAAAAUAUUGAAAAAUAUUUUUUGACAAU